CCAGAGCCGCGGCUGCCCGCGGAGCCGAGGCGGGCUCGGGCCGCGGAGCGGAGCUGGGGCGGCCCCGCCGCCAUCUCCCGUCUGGCCGCACGGCGCCGCCGCGUUCAAAACUUGCGCGCGCCUGCCGCCAUCUGGGACCGGACGGACCGACCGACUGACAGACAGACCGGACAGACUGACAGACAGACAGACAGGCAGGAGGGCCGCCUGCCUGCCUGGGAUCGUCCCGCCCGGCGGUGCGGAGGUGCCGCUGCCUCUCACCGCCCACCCCCGCAGCCCCUCCGGGCUCCUUCGCAGCUGCCAAGUUUUGCCCCAACGCCUCACUUUUCCCCCUGUUUUUAUUUUUUAAUUUUUAUUUAUUUUGACCCCGCUUUCCCGGCCGCAGACCGGGCAUGGCGCUGCGGGCGGAGCAGGUGGGCUUCAUCGGGCAGGUGUUCGAGUCCUACGUGCUGCAGCACCACCGGGACGAGCUGCUGGGCAUCCUGAGGGAGCGGGACGCCGAGGCGCACUACGCCGUCGUCGUCGACGCCUUGACGCUCUUCGAGACCAACAUGGAGAUCGGGGAGUACUUCAACGCCUUCCCCGCGCAGGUGCUCCCCAUCUUCGACAGCGCCUUGCGCCGGGCGGCCGUCACAGCCCUGCAGGCCGCCGAGCCCUCGCCGGAGCUCUGCGUGAAGACCAACCUCCACGCCAGGAUUUCGGGUUUGCCCGUUUGCCCAGAGCUGACCCGGGAGCACAUUCCUAAAACCAGGGAUGUGGGUCACUUCUUGUCUGUUACUGGGACUGUCAUACGUACCAGUCUGGUGAAAGUCCUGGAGUUUGAACGGAGUUACAUCUGCGAUAAGUGCAAGCACGUGUUUGUCGUCAAGGCUGACUUUGAGCAGUACUAUGCCUUCUGUCGGCCAUCAGCCUGCCUGAAUGAAGAAGGCUGCAACUCAACCAAGUUCACUUGCCUCUCUGGAACAACCUCUUCUCCCACCAGCUGCAGAGACUAUCAGGAAAUCAAAAUCCAGGAACAGGUCCAACGACUGUCUGUUGGAAGCAUCCCGCGUUGCAUGGUGGUUGUUCUGGAAGACGACUUAGUGGACAGUUGCAAGUCUGGAGAUGACAUCACAGUGUAUGGAGUGGUAAUGCAGAGGUGGAAACCUUUCCACGAGGAUGCACGCUGUGACUUGGAGCUUGUUCUGAAAGCCAACUAUGUUAAAGUAAAUAAUGAGCAGCUAGCAGGGGUUAUAAUUGAUGAAGAAGUCCGCAAGGAAUUUGAAGACUUCUGGGAAAAGCAUAGGAACGAUCCCUUAGCAGGGAGGAAUGAAAUUUUGGCUAGCUUAUGUCCUCAAGUGUUUGGAUUGUACCUGGUGAAGUUGGCUGUAGCCAUGGUGCUUGCUGGUGGUGUGCAGAGGAUCGAUGCUACUGGAACUCGAAUCAGAGGUGAAUCGCAUCUUUUGUUGGUUGGAGACCCAGGUACAGGGAAAUCUCAGUUUCUCAAGUAUGCAGUAAAGAUUACACCCCGGUCUGUGCUCACUGCAGGAAUUGGAUCUACAAGUGCAGGUUUGACAGUGACUGCUGUGAAGGACUUUGGGGAGUGGAACUUGGAAGCUGGUGCGCUGGUGCUUGCAGAUGGCGGCCUUUGUUGUAUUGAUGAGUUCAACAGUAUCAAAGAACAUGACAGAACCAGUAUCCAUGAAGCAAUGGAGCAACAAACCAUCAGUGUAGCAAAGGCAGGGUUGGUAUGCAAGCUUAAUACAAGGACAACUAUACUGGCAGCUACAAACCCAAAAGGUCAUUAUGACCCUAACGAGUCUGUCUCUGUCAACAUAGCUCUUGGCAGUCCCCUGCUGAGCAGAUUUGACCUGGUCUUAGUAUUGUUAGAUUCAAAGAAUGAGGAGUGGGACCGUAUCAUUUCAUCUUUCAUCUUGCAAAAUAAAGGUUGCCCUAGCAAGUCAGAAAAGCUCUGGAGCAUGGAAAAGAUGAAAACCUACUUCUGCCUUAUAAAAAGUAUACAGCCAAAACUGUCUGAUGAGAGCAACCUGAUCCUCGUACGCUAUUAUCAAAUGCAGCGUCAGAGUGACUGCCGAAAUGCUGCCCGAACUACCAUUCGCUUAUUGGAGAGUUUGAUACGCCUUGCAGAAGCUCAUGCCCGGUUGAUGUUUAGGGAUACUGUGACUUUGGAAGAUGCUGUAACUGUGGUAUCAGUGAUGGAAUCUUCUAUGCAGGGGGGUGCACUUCUUGGAGCCAUCAAUGCCUUGCACACCUCCUUCCCCGAGAAUCCGAUGGCGCAGUACCGAAUGCAGUGUGAACUCAUACUGGAGCGACUGGAGCUGCAAGAUCUUCUGCACAAGGAGCUGCAAAGACUUGACAGAUUACAAAAAGAAAAUUCUUGCCAGCUACAACCUGAAGAACUAAGUUUUGGUACUCCUACAGGAUGCUUGGACAAGGAUACAUUUGAGUCAAAGCAAACGUCUCAGUCAGAGCCUUCAAAUCAACAAAGGAAUAGCUCCAAGGCACAGCCCUCUUUACCCAAAGGCAAUGGUGACGGGGAAAUACAUCUAGAACCCUUAGGCAACCCAGCACCUGAUCAUAACAAAGGUACAAACCACUUGAUUAAACACAGUAAAAGAGCUGAUGGCAGCCUGGCAUGGUUUGACAGCCUGGAAGACAGCAACACUGAUGCUGAAGAAACUUUUCAGAAAAAGUCUCCACUGCCCAAGAUAAUCCCAGAUAAGUUGGUUUCAAAAGCCUCGUGCAAUACCUCCUGUUCAGAAGGAGGAAGUUCUUCAGUCGUAAGGAAGGGAAAUGGAGCGAGAGAAUCACAAACAACUGUGAAUCUACAUGCUCCUUUGGAACAGGACAAGGCUUCCAAGAUAAGCAGGAAAAGGACUGAAGAACGUGAAUGUUUUUCUUCAGAAGCAAAUACUCGAGACCCAGCAUCACCAAGUGCUGAUGUGCAGGAUUCAGUUGUUACACAACGGGUUUCUAAAAGGUGGCAGAGACUGCACACAGAGAGAUCACAUGGAUUCUUUACCAGCACCCAGGACCCUGAGGCAAAGGCCCUUCCCCCAGCAUUACCUGCAUCUGGCCUGCUAGAUCUUUCAAGUGAUACAGACUCUGUGUUAGGGGAGGAAAAAAGCAGUGUACCUGCAGCAGCCAAAAAUGCAACAAUUUCCCUAAGGAAACGAAGUAAAGGUCAAGUAGAGAAGGAAGCAAAGGCAGUAAGUUCCCAUGAGCCAGAAAUCAUUGACAGUGAAAGUCCUCCAGCAGCUAAACUAGUUAAAUUUUCUUUCAGACCGAGGACAAAACUUGAUCAUUCUUCCGAGAAGAAAAAUGCAGAAUUUUCUCUUUUUCAGAGUGAAAAUAUUACUAAGCCUGGAGAGCAGCAGCCAGAAGAGUGCUGCCCCCCUGAGAAACGCAAGAUGACAUUGACCCGCUUAGGAAGAAAGAGUAUGGAAAAGCGACCAAUCGAUAAUAAAGGGAAUGAAGAGCAGCAGAGUCAGGCCUUAGAGAAAGAGAUCAGAGGAAAUGCAGCGGUACGUUCUGAUGUCAGCUUUAGUGCUGUGUCAUCUCCACCCACUGAAAAGGGAAGGGAGGGAGAGGAAAAGCUUGGUGGCCCAAGCACAGAGAGGGUGUGCUCAGGCACAUUAGAAAAACUGUCCAGGUUCUGCUUUGCAUCACGUCCUGACUCAAAAUCAGAAACUCCACCUACUGUUAAGAAUGACACUAGCAACAAGGCAAGUCACAGCCCGUUGCUGCAGGUGCACGUGAGCAAUCCCAGCAAAAGGAAGAGUUUUGCACUGGGAAAUGCUAGUAAAGCACGUGUGGUCACCCAGAAAUCCCUCUUCUCGAUAGCAGAGCUAGAUGAUGCUGCAUUAGAUUUUGAUUGGGAUGAAGAGGUUAGGAAAAAUCCAAGCUUGUAACAUGUAUAUCCUCCACAUUUCUUAAGAUAUGGCUGUUCUGACUCUCCAUCCUUCUAUCAAUUGUAUCAACAGCAUCUGUAGUUUACAAAGCAUUUAAAAAUAAUCAUUCUGGACCUCUGUGGAUGCCAACGAACAUACUUCCUUUAAGGGCUGCAUACUUCACAUCAGCUAAAGGCUGCAUAUACUGCAGGCCUGCUGUGACUUUCGGUUUUUCUAAACUUCCCAAGACUGCUUAUGUCAGCUGAUUUUUCUGAUUAACCUGAAGACUCACACAGUUAUGUUCAUGUAUACAGAGUACAGCAACACUUGCAGAAGAGCAGGUUUAAUUGACUGUUGUCCUUUAUUUUGUGUAACAAUUGGAACUAUAUAUGUGACUCAGAUUGUCCUUGUAAAUGACCAUGCCACUUUAGAAAAAUUACGAUGCUAAAGCUCUGCUAUUAUGUUUUGUUUAUCUGUAUAUAAGGUUUGUUUUCAGUGUAGGUAGCAAUGCUGUAAUUUCUCAUCAUGUUCUGGUGAGUAUUCCUAUAUUAUCAGUAUCAUGACAAUUUUGCUACGUCUGGUUACUGCGCUCCUUGUCACACUGCUGAUGUUGAAGACAUGUAUCUAGGGCUUUUUGUUUCUCUUUUUUUUUUCCUUUUUAAUUUCAGUUUUAAAUACACUGGUUGAGGUAUCUGUGUCUGUAUUCUGGGUCAUUUUAUCAAAACCCAUCUCUGUAAUAAACAUACAGAAGAUAUUUCAGGUGACUGGGAAUCCUCAGUAACCAGGGUAACUUCAAGGCAGGCCUUAAGCCCUGGCAUCUAAGCUACACUGUAAAUGUAACUGCACAGUGAACAGCUACCCUAAUGUGGCUUUAUUCUACCUCAGAUAAUGUUUAGUUGACUAUUUUAAUUAUCAUUAGUGUUUUACUACAUCUGAUACGCAUUUCAUUGUCGGCAUGCUGUGUCCUAUGCCAUUCAUUCGUCUAAUGGGAAAUUAAUCUCCUAAUGCAUUACAUGCUUACAGAGAAAGGUAAGAGUUAAAUUUCCUUCAGCGACUUGCCUGGUAUGAUUCUUUUGUGCUUGAAUUCUCCACAGAAUAUUCUUGUUAUUACCUGCAAGGUAAACAGAGAGUGGAAUGGUUGCUUAUGGCACAGUAAAUCCUUAGAGAGGCUUGCUAGCACAAAGAAGGUCUCGUUCCCUCUUGAUUUGUUUAAAAUUAGAAGUAGCUCCCUGAAACCAGGUGAGUUAAAAUACUGUAAAGUUUCUGGAAAGGAGGGAGUGAUAAGGCCCAAGGUACUUCAGUGUGGUACAGGGAAGUCAUGAGAACGGGAAUUGUAGCAGUUGGCUUUCUGUUAAGAGUUCCGGAAAAGGGCAGAGACAAUAUUGCCCAGGGUGGUUGCGUAGUAAGUAGCUCCUCCGACACAAACGCAACAUCAAUCAAAAGAAGUGGACUUUACCCACCUCUCUCCCAGAGCACAGAGCCCCCCAUUCCUGUUGCUUUUCACAGAGACCUACUCCUCCAGGGUGAGGGUGGCCUGCACUCAAGAUCCUUCUGCCAUUGAAAACCAAAUGCUUGCUACAGGAUGCUGUGUCUACACUGCAGCUUGAUCAAGAAUCCAGGGUCAAGAAUCCCGGAGCUGUUAACGUUAAUGAUGGUCUUCUUACUUUUCAGAGGCCAGCUAAAGGUACAGUUUUUCAUCACCACUGCAGAUGCAUCAGGCCUUUGCGUGGUGGUCUCAUUUACAUGUGGUGGACAUUAACAGCUGGACAGUGCAAAGCCAGAACAUAGCUACUGGAUCACAAUAGUGAAGCACCACAAGUUUUAUUUUUCAGUCAUGCAAGAUGAUAAAAUAAAAAUCAAUCCAUUCAUGCAGGUUUUACUCAUCACUUUCCUAUAAAUCAGUAGCUAGGACCUCAUCUAGUGUACUUUGCUAUGUAAAAUUAGAUGACCAGCUGCUCUCAAGAACUGCAAGAUCUUUUCUUAAACAUACUUCUGUGGGAGGCUGGUUGACUUUUCUUCUCUCUGUCCAGUGGAAAUUAGAACUCUGUUGAAAAAAAGUAGAGUCACAGUGGCACAAAACGGAGCUAAAAGUCAAGCUUAAAAUUUUCUUCUCAUUCUCUAUGCUUACGUUGUGUUUGAGAAUGUUCUGUUCUUUAUUUUCUUCUUGUCUCAAAGUUGUUGCACUGUAAGGCCUACCCGAGGGCCAGGGAAACUCCACAGUGCAUGAGAGCAGCUGUGUUUCAGGGAUGCUGAAAUGCCUUGUACUGCAGGCAGAUACCUUCCUUACUAGUGAAAUGCAGUCCCGUGAAGCCAGGGAACGCUCAGUUAGCAACAGCUGUGAGAACUGGGCAUCCAGAUUUCCUUGGUAUCCGCAGAUCUCUGCACAGAUCAUUGCGAUUGAUUAAACAGAAGGUAAACCAAGUUUAUUUUUCACAGAUGCCAGAUGUUUCCUCUAAUUCAGUGGGACUCGGCCUGGAAUACCGAGGUGCCGUAUAUCAGUUUUUCCAGUCACUAAUCACACUUGUGAUCCAGUUCAGCAGUCUGGCUGAUAAAAUACUGCUAAAUCCAUUUUUUCAUUAAUCUUUUUUGAAUUGAAAACUGCAGAUUAUGUCUUUUAAAGCACAACGAGCAGAGCCACGAACAGCUGGCAGCCUGUUGGCUAGAUCCCUUCGGAUAGUGUGGCAGAUGUGCCUGGUGCCUGAUGGGCUCAGCCUGCUCAGCACACUGCCAGGCUUUGGGAAACACCUUAGAGCAGUCCAGCCAAGCAAGGUGUGUGCAUUGAGGUAUUUGAUUUUGGAGGAGGCCAAAUGGCUGAGCUCUUCAGAAGGCUCGCUGAAAUUCCCUGCCAACAAAAGAUAGUGUGGCUAGAAAGGGCCUCUGAUACUUAUUAGAGAACAAAACCAAGAAGGAUAAAGAAAUUCCUUGGCAUCUCAGCUCCUGCUUAAUGUGGGCAAAUUAGCCCACUUAAGUCAAGGUUUUCACUAGUGGGUGCAAUCUCUGUACGUUCGUUCUUUUAUGGUGCCGUUUGUAAGGCCUGAUUUGCAGACGUCCUGAGUACUCGCAGCUGAAGCUUAAAUCAAGGAGAUGUGGGAGGUGGAAUGUAAUUGUAAUUCUGCUCCUCUGUCUUCAGCUCUGUCGUGUUCUUAGCUGUGAGAUGGUCCCUUCAAGAAGUGGCAGUGAAUGCUGUCACUUAAGAUACUCUGUGUCAAUGAGACAAAGCCAAUGGCUGGGUUGAUGUCUACCAUUUAGAUAAGUUUUAUGUAUCUAAAUCCAAACACACACUGCAGUAUUGAGGCAAACUGAAUCAUAUCAUUCUUUGGAGUACAUUAAUGGUUAAUCAUUUCUGAGGGAUAAUACUUUAAAGAGUAAAUCAGUAAAAAGAUAGUUGUCUCUUCAGGUUCCCCUCAUUAGAAGUAGUCAGUGUAUUACUUUAUGAAAUGGAACUAUACUUCUUUCUUGAGCAGAGUGUUUUGAAGUCUGAGGGAUCUGCUUCUCCCUCAAUAUGAUGUGAGAAACUGGGAAAGCAAGCCAAAAUGAAUUAAGAAAGGAUAGUACAAACACCAGUCGCUCUGAGGUCACCCUGGAACACCACUUUGGCAGCUCUGUUUUCCAGUUUGAAGCAAGGAGGAGGCACAGUGAUGUUCCAGUCAGCUGGAGAAAAGGCCACCUUUUCUAUCUUAGCAGGAAAAAAAAAACAACUGUUGCCCAUUCAAACUCUGUCUGCAAAGAGGUCACACAAGUGUUGGGUAAGUAACCAACGAAUAAAUUUGGAAGAGCAGGUACUGCUGAGAUCUUUCUCUACCAGGCCGGUUGAAAUACUACUGUUGCUUCUGAAAUACUAGUACUGCUUCUGACUCAUAGCGUGAACUCUGAGCAUUGAAGGUAAAUGAGAAACACAUAGUAAGAAGAAAAUGAUACCUGCUGUGGAUUUACGCUCUCCCUCACUGUUGCCAUUGCUACAGAACAUAUUUAUCGUUGCCUUGGCAGGGCACAUUGCUAACUCCUUUCCCUCUUUAAACCAAAUUCCCCCACAAACAAUCAUGUGUUUUAAUGUUUUUGAGCUACGAUAGGCCUGUGAUGGGAGGAUUUAAUCCAUUACAGCAGUGACAGUCUGCUGGGCUAAAUGAAAGAUGAAUUUCCUCUGAGCAUGUUGUGCAGUCAAUGGGCAGAUGAGUCACGUCUCGUCACCUGCCUUCCUGGAGAGGCACAGAGCCCUUAUCUCCUUCAUGUUUUAACACUUGCCUCUCUUGGUAUGUGAUGCAAGCCUUUAAAAACACAUCCAGUAUGUCUUCUCAGAGUGACUAUAUACUGAUACAUAUUAAACCAAUUAUUAGUGUUGAAUACACUGGUAUUUUAUUAAAUUGGGUUUUAUCUUUGUGAGUCUGAUGCAUUAAAUGUGAAUAGAUGUUGCUGUCUUAAAACCCAGCUGAACAAAGCCUUACAAGUCACGGAUUCUAGCAGCAUGUUGAUCAGGUCCUUGUUUGUGAUCAGCAUAAAGUGCUGGUGGUAGAUAUUCAGUUGCCAGACUCCAUUGCCUCAGCUGAAACCAGAUUACAUCAUGUUAGCACGGGGCAGGAUUGAGUUUUUACUGGCAGCUGUCCCAU